AUGGAGAAGGUUAAGACCAUUAAGGAUCGGUUGGAAACUGCUCAAAGUCAUCAAAAUUCCUAUUUGGAUGUGCGUCAUAGGGAUUUGGAGUUUAAAGAGGAUGCUUGGGUAUUCUUGAAGGUUUCCCCCAUGAAGGGUAUAAUGCGGUUUGCGAUGUCUUUAGUGCACCCAGUGUUUCACGUAUCCAUGUUGAAGACGGUGGUUGGAGAUCCCUCACUUAUUGUUCCAGUUGAGACUGUUGAGGUUAACGAGGAAUUGACGUAUGAGGAAAUUCCAGUUGCCAUUCUUGAUAGGCAAGUCCGUAAGCUGAGAAAUAAAGAAAUUACCUCCAUGAAAGUACUAUGGCGGAACCAACAAGUUGAAGAGGCCACCUGGGAGGCCGAGGAGGAAAUGAAGAAGAAAUACCCUCAUUUGUUUGAAUAG